AAUAUUACGCAUCUGCUUUCAUAUCAACGCUCGUCCUCCCUCACGAGGCUCUCAAACAAACCUCACGCACCAGAAUCCCUCUCACUAUCAGCAGCAGCAGCGGCAUCAGCAGCACCAGCACCAGCACCAGCACCCGCCCCGUCGACUCGACUCGCCCUCCCGAGCAGCGGAGCACCGCUGUGGCGGAGUCCUUGACGGGGACGAGCACGGGUAAACACGGCAAAACACUGCUGUUUACAUGAAGGCAAGCUGAUUCUCGCCGGAAGGCUGCUACAAGGCUGGCUGCAGCUGAGCCUUUCAUCCUGUGUUGACAGGGAGGAGGACAUAUCCAGCUGAAGAAGGAGAAAGAAGGGAGAGGACUGCUGACUCCAUGUCUUCGCCUUCAAAUAAAAGAUCUGGUUCUGGAUCACGCAAAUUCAACCUGCUGAAGGCCCUACAGCCUAAGCACCGCUUGCAACAAAUGCUGUCGUCUCCCACUGCAUCCCCUGUUUUUGACUAUUGCAGGUUUAUAGAGCUAGACUACACACCCAUGGAGUCAGGCAUUAUGGUCUCUAUGAGACAGAGCAGAGGAUUUCUGACACCAAAGUCCCCGGAACGCCACUGUCGACGAAGUCCAGCACCUGUCAGUAACCGCGAUCCCUAUGGAAAUGCCUCUCUUAGCAGCAGUAGCAAUUCAGGGUCAUGCAAGGGCAGUGAUGGAAGCCCAACCCAUAGGCGUCACAUGAAAUACACCGCCUGCAAUGAUAACCAUGGUAUCCGGCCCCCUCCACCUGAGCAAUAUCUAACUCCACUGCAACAGAAAGAGGUGUGUAUCAGACACCUGAGAGCACGGCUUAAAGAGACCAUCGACAGACUGCAGGACAGGGACACUGAGAUUGAUGAGUUGCGUACUCAGCUGUCUCGUAUGCAAGAAGACUGGAUUGAAGAGGAGUGCCACCGUGUAGAGGCCCAGCUGGCUCUAAAGGAGGCUCGCAGGGAGAUCCAGCAGCUUAAACAGGUUGUAGAUGUUGUCUCAUCCAGUCUGGGAGACACCGACACUGGGGUGCAGAAGUGCUUCCAAGACAUAAACCUCCAGAACCACAAGCUGGAGUCUUUAUUGCAAAGCAUGGAGCUGGCUCAGGUCGGGACCACCAAAGCAGGAGAACCCCUAGUGGGUGGAGGGGUGGUGGGGGCAGGGCUGGAGGUCAGCGAGGGCCUGGAGGAGUCUUCAGAAGGCUCCCCAGCUCGCUCGCUUACCCGCAGCUCUACCUACACCAAGCUGAGUGACCAGACCGGCCCGGAACGUGGGGGUAAUGAGAACGGGUGUGACAUUCCAUGUUUGUCAGGCGAGGGCACACAGGACAGCGGGUUUGUUUGCUGCGGAGACAGUGGAAGAGGAGCCAGCAAGGCAGACCUGCUCCUGGAGGCUGCAUUUCUGUCCCAAGAAACUGCUUCGCUGCUCAAUGCGUACUCCCGCCUGCCACACUCCUCCACCUAUGAGGCGCUGUGCAACAGUGAGACGGGAGUUGUACCACUCCUCUGCAGUGGGAUCGGAAUGGGGACCAGUGUUAGCGUAAGUAAUCCAUGUCUGUCACAUCAUCAUUUAUACCUGCACCACAUGCGUGAGCAAGGCAUUCAGACCGACCAUUCUCCGGCUUCAGCGCCAGCACAUGGCCCCAGUACAUCUUUUACCUCUGAUCUGGACACUAUUGCUGAGCGUACCUUCCGCUCUCAGGCCUGCAGCCCGACCUCUACCUGGAUGUCUGAUGAGGGAGAUGAUCUGGAGUUGUUAGCUACAGAGUCAGCCAUUACAGCAACAGUUGCCACAACUUCCAUUGUCACUGAUUUUUCCACUAAGUCUGCACCGGUUGUUGCAAUGGAGCCUUGUGCACCAACUGCAUCAGUUCCAAAAGGACCUGCAUCUUUAGCGUUGAUCCCCAUGGAGUCCCCGGUCAAGGAGACUACUGUUUCAGAGUCUCUUACAGACUUGGCAAUCACAACAACAGCUUUGACCACAGAGACCAUUGGAUCUCCAGUAACCAACUCUGUUCAACUUCAACUUCUAACAGACCCUUUGCCAAACCCUGGGACAUCCCCUUGCUCUGUGCAGACUUUGGUCGAGACAGAAGAGGACACCCUUCCACAGACCACUCAGCCUCGUAGUGUACUUACAGAGGCUGGGAUUGCAGGGGAUAAUGUAAUCAAUAUAGGUUCAGAUGAUGAAGAUGAGGUUGAUGAGAGUGCUACAAACACAGAUUCCAAGUCGCCUGGCUGCGGUUUACCUGUAAAGAAUUACUGGAGCCGGCACUUCCUAGUGGAUUUGCUUGCAGUGGUCGUGCCAGUGGUCCCCACAGUGGCAUGGCUCUGUAGGGGUCCACACCGUGAUGGUCAGCCAAUGUACCAUAUUGGAUCUCUGUUGCGGGGUUGCUGCACUGUGGCCCUCCAUUCCCUGCGUCGAGGAGGUGGUCUUCGGCACUACCCCGCAGGAGGAGGUGGUCCAGGAGGAAUGAAUAUAUGAGACCCUCUCUUCUGUCUUGGGAAGCCCUGAAGCCAGUGAUAUCACAAGAUGUGCAAUAAGAGAGUGGUUAAAACUUCAAAAUUAAUUGAGGCAACCACUGGGAGCAUAGUGUCUGAGCACAGCACCUUAAUGCUGUGGUUCUUUAUGGUCUAUAUUCAAAAGGAGAUAAGAAUGAUGAAGAAGAAUCACUACCAUGUAUUUACACCUACAAAUAAGAUGCUCAUGAAGACUAGCGAGCUUUCACCUUUCUCCACAACUGCUACACGGCAAAUAGGCAAGAUUAUGUGUUCUGAAUUACUGACACA